UUUUAUUGUUCCCUUUUCAAUGUUUGUUUCUAAAAAUCUUCCUGGGCAGUGGUAACGGGAACGAUUUGACGGCCUGGGAGUUUGUAUUAAGCUUUUGUUUUUUUGUGCAGUAGUGUAUGGUCAGUAGUUUUGAAAUUCGCCACAGGACUUUUGCCCGGCAUUUCAGAAAGACACAACCCUCCCAAACCGCUUUGUAUAGCGGUCUUAACGUUCAGAACGCUUUAAUUCGCCUCGGGUCAUUUCCUUACCAUUGCUGGUGGUGGUUUUUUAAAUAACGUGCCUCCAUAUUGCUUUUUUUUUUUUUUUUUUUUACCCUUUGAUACAAGAGCUGAGUUAAUACUUGCCUUGGUUAGACAUGGUUAAAUUUUGUUAAACCUGGUUAAAACAUGUAUAUGUGGCGUGUUUUCAUUUCCCCAAAGUGGUGUUUCGUGUGGGUGGUGGUAUAAUCUGAUGCACCCACAGCUAGUGAAUUUGGUGUGGAACUUCCCCCCAGGUUCUUCAGCAGAUGGUUUGACAGUAAACAGUGAGCCGGUGAAGACUGAUGGUACUCUCUGCUUUUUAGCUGGUGGGAUUUUUACAUGAUUACGUUUCUUAUUUUGUGGUUUUAAUAUGUUGUGGUCUGGUGGAAAUUAUUUUAGGUGUUUUUGUUUAAAAAAUAUUAACUUGUGUUGGGCAGGAUACUUUCAAGUUAUUUUUGAGAGAGGAAGAUAUGCUAACUUGUUUAAUGAAGUGUCUCAAAAGUGAUAAUUUGGGUUAACUGUGCGUGUAUAAUUGUUUUUCAAAAAUCGAGACUGAAAACGCAAAUUCAAACGAAAGGGCAACUGGGGGAAAAAAAAAGGAAAGUAAUAUACUCCACUUCAUAUUCUUAUUCCGCGAAAAAUUUGAGGUUUUGUUGAUUCACUCGUUAGGUUAGUCAGAAUUUGAGAAAUUCAGGCAUUUCAGGGUUUCACUUUAUCUGAAAUUAGAUAAAGAGAGAAGAGUAAUUUUGCGACUUUAGUGGCUCAAGGGGGAAAUGGUAUUCAUUUGAGAUUGAUCCAGCAUUUUCUGUAUAGCUCUGGGGUAAGGCACUGAGGAGGUGCAGAAGAGGUGAAGAUUGUGUUUUUUUGCAUACCAGGUACUUAAUCUCAUAAACAUAUAAGUGUGUUAGAAUGUGAUUAAGUGCUAGUGUGACUCGUAACAGACACUUAACAGAUUUAUAGAGAAGCACUCUCUGCCCUGGGCCUCAGUUUCUUAAUGUAUAAAAUGAGAGUUUUGGACUAGAUUAAAAGUGUUCUUUCAGCUUAAAUUUUACAAAUACAAGUAUAAGAAUUUGUUUGGUUUCGCCAUGCUCCCUAACCCCAUUCUCACUUUUCCUGGAGUCCUUUUUAUGUCUUCACAGCUUUUGAUUUGGACUGAGGAGAUGGAGCUGCUCUAACUUCCUUUUCCACAAACCUUUCUUUUUGGGCGAUUACUACUGUGGUGAUGUAGGGGAAAGAGAGGGCAUAGGGCAGCCCACCCUGGCCUGCUAGAACAGCAAUAGAGAGUGAUGUCAUUAUCCAGGACAUUUGCUACAAGAUCCUAUUGCACCCACCAACUCCACCUGCCAACACUAUGUCUGCAAAACUUGUAAAGGCAAGAAAAUGAUGAUGAAACCUUCAUGUAGCUGGUGCAAAGACUAUGAGCAGUUUGAGGAAAACAAGCAGUUAAGCAUCCUAGUGAACUGCUACAAAAAACUAUGCGAAUAUAUAACACAAACUACAUUGGCACGGGAUAUAAUAGAAGCAGUCGACUGUUCUUCUGAUAUUUUGGCUUUGCUUAAUGAUGGAUCAUUGUUUUGUGAGGAGACAGAAAAACCCUCAGAUUCAUCCUUUACUUUGUGUUUGACACAUUCCCCUUUACCUUCGACCUCAGAACCCACAACUGAUCCUCAAGCUAGUUUAUCUCCAAUAUCUGAAAGCACUCUUAGCAUUGCUAUUGGCAGUUCUGUUAUCAAUGGUUUGCCUACUUAUAAUGGGCUUUCAAUAGAUAGAUUUGGUAUAAAUAUUCCUUCACCUGAACAUUCAAAUACGAUUGAUGUAUGUAACACUGUUGACAUAAAAACUGAGGAUCUGUCUGACAGCUUGCCACCUGUCUGUGACACGGUAGCCACUGACUUAUGCUCCACAGGCAUUGAUAUCUGCAGUUUCAGUGAAGAUAUAAAGCCUGGUGACUCUCUAUUACUGAGUGUUGAGGAAGUACUCCGCAGCUUAGAAACUGUUUCAAAUACAGAGGUUUGUUGCCCUAAUUUGCAGCCCAACUUGGAAGCCACUGUAUCCAAUGGACCUUUUCUGCAGCUUUCUUCCCAGUCUCUUAGCCAUAAUGUUUUUAUGUCCACCAGUCCUGCACUUCAUGGGUUAUCAUGUACAGCAGCAACUCCGAAGGUAGCAAAAUUGAAUAGAAAACGAUCCAGAUCAGAAAGCGACAGUGAGAAGGUUCAGCCACUUCCAAUUUCUACCAUUAUCCGAGGCCCAACAUUGGGGGCAUCUGCUCCUGUAACAGUGAAACGAGAGAGCAAAAUUUCUCUUCAACCUAUAGCAACUGUUCCCAAUGGAGGCACAACGCCCAAAAUCAGCAAAACUGUACUUUUAUCUACUAAAAGCAUGAAAAAGAGUCAUGAACAUGGAUCCAAGAAAUCUCACUCUAAAACCAAGCCAGGUAUUCUUAAAAAAGACAAAACAGUAAAGGAAAAGAUUCCUAGUCAUCAUUUUAUGCCAGGAAGUCCUACCAAGACUGUGUAUAAAAAACCCCAGGAAAAGAAAGGGUGUAAAUGUGGGCGUGCUACUCAAAAUCCAAGUGUUCUUACAUGCCGUGGCCAACGUUGCCCUUGCUACUCUAACCGCAAAGCCUGCCUAGAUUGUAUAUGUCGUGGCUGCCAAAACUCCUAUAUGGCCAAUGGGGAAAAGAAGCUGGAGGCAUUUGCUGUGCCAGAAAAGGCCUUGGAGCAGACCAGGCUCACUUUGGGCAUUAAUGUGACUAGCAUUGCUGUGCGCAAUGCUAGCACCAGCACCAGUGUAAUUAAUGUCACAGGGUCCCCAGUAACGACAUUUUUAGCUGCCAGUACACACGAUGAUAAAAGUUUGGAUGAAGCUAUAGACAUGAGAUUCGACUGUUAAAUCAGUGGGUCUUUAAACCUACCUCUGGUAGGGAAAUAGCUACAGUUUUACGGCAGCUAUGGUUUUGUUGGUUUAACUUGCCGGAGCUCCUGCAUAUAGAUCACUUGUAUCAAGUGUUUUCAUUGCUAAGUUAUAUGUGUUAGUGUCGGGGAAAUAGUUUGCAGAUAACGGAGGAGUAACCCUACAACUAUAUGUCCUUAGUUCUUACAGAACCUCAUAGUUUGAGAACAAAUGCUGAUGCAACUGAUUUAUACAAAAUGAACUUUGGCAAGGAAAAUAACAUUAACCUCAUUGUUUAUGGUCAUGCUUUGUGCAUAAUCAAAGUUUAUGAUUAAAUGUAAGGAAGUGGUAUCUAGUCAGUCCAUAAAGAUUGUGCUAAUUUUUUCUGAAAAAGUAGCCAUUAGUUUGUUCAGGAGACUCAGUGCUGCCUUUGGAUGCUGUUGAUGUUUCUCCUGUUGAAAAGCUGAUGUGUCCAGCUCAACCUUUGUGCUGACGUAAUACCAUUUCUGAUCAUGGAAAUUGGCUACUGGUGUAUGUAGCAGUUCUUAAAUCAGCAGUAUUAUGAAAGAAAAUUUGCCCCUAUUAGAAUGUUGAAGAAAUCUGUCUUUUAAAAGUGAACAAAUUGAAAUUGUAUCAGCCUGCGGAUGUUUAGCUGUUUAUGCUACAAAACUCUUCUGAGUUGAGUCCCUUUUUUAGUUGUCUGACUCAAUUUCUAGGGAAACAUUCUAAAUCCUUCCUCCACUUAGAGCAAUGUUCUAAUUAGAUAAAUGAAGUAGAGAAGAGCAGUUUUAUUCUGAAGGUAACUGAAUUUAGACUAUAGUAUGUGACAGAAUUUUUAAAAAAUUAUAAAAAUCUUUUAUUUAGAAAUUGAGAUUUAUUUAAAAUAAUUUUGGAAUAAUGCCCCAAAACUUAUCCAGAUUUAUGCAUUGUACUUAUUGCCAUUGGCCACUUCUUUGAUUUUUGUUUCCUCUAAUAGUUUGCCACUGACUUUAUUUUGAAUAUGCUCCUUUUUUUUUAAAUUUUUAAUAGGGUGCUAUUCGUUAUGAAGGCUUCUUUAUAGAGGCCUAAUAAAAAUGCCUUUUUAUGAAGCCCGUGCAUUUAGGUAAGUUUGAAGCUAGAAGGAUUUUCUUUAGAAUGCUCUUUUGCAUGUAAAGCACAAACUGUGUUUCAGUUUAAAUGCACUUCUUCCUUUAAUUUUUAUGGGGAAGACAAGUGAGUCACAAACAUUCUGUUGAAGGGAAAUCUAGUCAGUUGCUUCAAAGAGCACAGCCCAGAUAAAACAAGGACUGACUAGGUUGUAAAGAAAUGACCUUAUGAUUUACAAGAAGAGUUGCUACUUUGACAGUGCUUAUUUAAAGAAAAAUACUGCUGGGAAAUUUCCAAUUUCUACUACGUUCACCAUCUCUCGUGAGAUCUGACAUAUGUUAAAGUUAUGUUUUGAUUUGGCACACAGCAUGUUCAAUGAUGGUUACUCACCUAGUACAAGACAUGGAGAAGAAACCUUUGGACACAGAGCAGAUGACACCUCCUUCUGUUUUGUAGUGUAUCCUGGUGUCAUUUUCUGUGAAUGUGGUCAGGUAGAGUUGUUUUUGUUGUUGUUGGGAUUUUUUUUUUUUUUUUUUUUUUGGUCUCUUUUGGUGGGGUGGGGGUGGGCUAAAGCCAUAGGAAGAAAAAUGUGAUGUAUGUGUCCAGUAUGUACUAUUUUGUUUUUGUUUUGCAAGAAGAGUUGAACUAUUUUUGAUAACAAGAGUAAAUGGUGGAAAAUGCUUCUUAGUUGUCUUGUCUUUAUUUGCUUUCCAAGUUUUGGAAUUUUAUUUAAUUCCUCUAAGUGUUAGCAGUGUCUUAUGAAACCUGUAUUUGCCUAAAGUUUGUUAACACUUUUGUGUUGAACCCAGAUGCCCUGCUAUAUAAACUUGUAAAUCUGUUCUUUAUUCACUAAUGAUCACUGCAAAAAUGACUAGAAAUGAGAUUGUACACGUGGAUGAUUAGGAUAUAUUUUGCAGAUCUUCCAAACUUUCCUAUGAUCUUAAAAUUCAUAGAGUACUUUAUUGCUUCCCAAGUUUGAUAAUCUUAGUUUUGUGUUUUUUUGAUGCAUGGGAGGUUGGCAAUAUAGACAAAGUGGAAAUCAUUAGUAUGUGAGAGCCUUGAUUGUUCUGUAAUAUUGCCAAUGAUGAAUUCAGGUUGUUUUUAGCACAAGUUUCUCUUUUUUAUGCUGGUAUUCUCACUGCCACAUUUUUGGAAACCUGUAUUACACCUUAAAUCUAUCAAUAAAUGUUAGUUUUCUAAUUCUA